GGCGGCGGCGGCGGCGCCCUCCGGGUUGAGAUGGCGGCCGCGUCGGGGACGGGGUUCCAGGAGCUCGGGAUCAGGGACUGGCUGAUCCAGCAGAGCCGGCAGCUGGGCAUCAAGGAGCCGACGCCGGUUCAGGAGCACUGUAUCCCGGCCAUCCUGCGAGGGCAAGACUGCAUGGGCUGUGCCAAGACGGGCAGUGGAAAAACAGCAGCGUUCGUGCUUCCGAUCCUUCAGAAACUCUCCGAGGACCCGUAUGGGAUCUUCUGCCUGGUGCUGUCGCCAACCAGGGAGUUGGCUUCUCAGAUAGCCGAGCAGUUCCAAGUCCUGGGGAAGCCAAUUGGUUUGAAGGAUUGCAUGAUCGUCGGGAGAAUGGACAUGGUGAAACAGGCCCUGGAGCUCUCCAGAAAACCUCACGUCGUCAUAGCAACUCCAGGCCGACUGGCCGACCACCUGAAGAGCUCCAACACUUUCAACUUGAAGAAAAUUAAAUUUCUGGUUUUGGACGAAGCUGACCGGCUGCUGGAGCAAGGCUGCACCGACUUCACCAAGGACCUGGAGGUCAUCCUGGGCGCCAUCCCUGCCAAACGGCAGACACUGCUCUUCAGUGCCACACUGACGGACACGCUCCAGGAGCUGAAGAAGAUUGCGAUGAACCGUCCAUUCUUCUGGGAGUCCAAGUCUGAAGUUCGCACAGUAGAUGAGCUGGAGCAACGCUAUCUUCUGAUCCCAGAGCGAAUGAAGGAAGCUUAUCUUGUUCACUUGAUCCAGAAGACUCAGGAUGAACAUGAGGAUUGGUCCAUCAUGAUCUUCACCAACACGUGCAAAAUGUGCCAGGUUCUGAACAUGAUGCUGCGGAAAUUCAGAUUUCCCUGUGUGGCUCUGCACUCAAUGAUGCAACAGAAGCAGAGGUUCGCUGCUCUUGCCAAGUUCAAAUCCAGCGUCUUCAAGAUCCUCGUCGCCACGGAUGUGGCCGCUCGCGGUCUCGACAUCCCCACAGUCCAGAUGGUUAUCAAUCACAACACGCCAGGCCUGCCCAAAAUCUACAUCCACCGCGUGGGCCGGACUGCACGAGCAGGUCGUCAUGGCAUUUCCAUCACUCUGGUGACACAGUACGACAUCCACCUGCUUCACGCCAUUGAGGAAGAAAUCAAAUCCAAACUGAAGGAUUAUCCCGCGGAUGAGAAGGAAGUGCUGCGUAUCCUCACUCACGUGAACGUCACACGGCGAGAAUGUGAGAUUGAACUUGAAUCGACCGAUUUCGAUGAAAAGAAGGAGAUUAACAAAAAGAAACAGAUGAUUCUGGAAGGGAAGGAUCCAGACCUGGAGGAGAAACGGAAAAGCGAACUGGCUAAAAUUAAGAAAGAGAAACGGAAGUUCAAAGAGCGGAUUCAGGAGACAUUGGAGAAGCAGAAGGAAGCUCAGCUGAAGCACAAAUUGCUGAAGCGAAGGAGGAAAGAGAAAGAGGCUGCCAAAGGAGAAUGAGCUGCCAACUGGGGGCAGGUUACCGGGAACUCAGGACAGACUCAUCGCUGGGCCCUUCUUGAUGAACUCAAACCUUUUCAAAACAUUAAUUCCCAUCUGAAAAAACAAGGAUCUAAGACUUCUUUCGGUGACUUGAGCUGAUUGUACCUCACACCCAAUGGAUUCUAGUCCUGAACAUAUGCAGCAGCCACUCUGUGUAUGACACACAAUCAGUGUAUAUUUCUUAAGAGCGACUGCUUUUUAUUCUGCAACUCAGCUAUUGCAGAGUUGCUAUUGGGCAGUUUGUGGCUCAGAUACCAGUCUUUUAAUAAUCCUUGCAUUUGACACAACGCCUUAUCACGUCUUCGAGACGGCUCAAAGUGCUUCACAGAAUAAAGUGUAAAGUGAAUUGACUUUUUUUUCUAGUUGGCAAAACUUUUCCUCUGAAGUGGUUGACUCCUGUUAAAGGGUAAGGUUUCAAUACCUCACUAGACCAUUGGAGUAUUGAGCAUUGAUUGACAGGAUAUUCGACUUAGAAAAGCAUCUCAAGCGAGCUUAGUCCCACUCACUUGAAAUGACUUAAGGAUUUCACCUGAUACAGUACCACGUGGUUGAUUUGUGUGCGUAAGUACCUGUCAAAUCAUAAUCUGGAUACCCUAACAUCUAGCAAAAUAAAAGACAGACAAUGAAUGCC